AUGGCCAAAUCCACACCUCAAACGAUUGAUCAGUACUGGCACAAAAGCGGACUUUGCGGUGUUCUCAGCCGUGCUACCCUUCGCACCCUCCAGUUUGUCUUCGCUGUCACAGUUGCUGGUCUUUAUGGCGUCGAUUUAGCACAGGCUACGAAGAUCGAGAGUCAUGCCCACGCAGAAUGGAUAUACGCCGAAUUUAUUGCUGCACUCUCUGCUCUGACUUGCAUUGUGCAUUGCUUCGUUACUGUGACCAAGGUUGCAUGGUGCUCUUGGGAUGGGCUUCUGUUUGUCCUUUGGCUUGCCCAGGUGGGCGUUUUUGGGAACCUCUACACUUCCCAUGUCGACACAGAAUACGAAACUGCGACGGUGUCAGUUCCCCGCAUGCGCGCUGCGGUUUGGAUCGACCUGGUAAACAUGCUGCUUUGGUUUAUGACAAUGGUGCUCGGCAUUUCGUGGUGUAUCCGGACUCGCAAGGUCAAACGAGGGACGGAUCGAUUCGGUGUUGCCACAGAAGGGCUUAUCGGACCCGAUGGCAUGAAGGGAAAUGGCGACGAGGAGAGUGGUCCGUGGAGUGGACAGGAUAAAGAUGUGAAAGAGCAUAUGGAUAAAACCGAUGACGACAAGUGUGUGCAGGAGCAAAAGCAGGGGCACAUCAAAUCAUCGCCUGCGUUGGAGGACAAGGAGGAAAACUUCGACCAAGAGAAAAAAGGCCACACUUGA